CUCGACAGACACACAUCCAGUCGCUCUCUUCUUGAGCACUUUCAUUCGUCCACUUUUACAGCUCUGACGAGAAAAUGCUGCCUGCAACCUUCAAACUGUGUGCUGGCAUCUCCUACCGGCACAUGAGAAACAUGACAGGUUUGAGGAGGAAUGCCAUUGUGGCCCUUCACCAUGAGCUGAACAGACUGGCAGGUCCAAGUCCCACUAACUGGAUCAGCCAGGUCCGCAGACGGAGCUCCCUCCUCAGUUCUCGAAUUAAAGAGGAGAAUCAGUACAGCGAGGAGGAGAUGUCUUAUGUGAAGCAAGGUGAGGAUGCUCUUCAGAAGGCCAUCAGCAUCCUCAGUGAGCAGGACGGAUGGACCACUGAAACUGUAGCGGCAAACGGAGACAAAGUUCUGAGUAAGGUGUUGCCUGACAUCGGGAAGGUGUUCAAGCUGGAAGUGAUGCUGGAACAACAUCCUGACAAUCUUUACAAAGAGCUGGUGGGAAACAUGGAGCAAAUGGGGGAGUGGAACCCUAAUGUCAAACAGGUCAAGAUUCUUCAGAAGAUCAGCCAGGACACCAUGGUCACCCAUGAGGUGUCUGCGGAGACACCUGGAAACGUGGUGGGACCAAGAGACUUCGUCAGCGUCCGCUGUGCCAAACGCCGCGGCUCCACCUGCUUCCUGGCCGGAAUGUCCACCAAACAUCCCAACAUGCCCGAGCAGAGGGGAGUGGUCAGGGCAGAAAAUGGGCCGACCUGUAUCGUUAUGAAGCCGUGCGCUGAAGAUCCAAAUAAGACCAAGUUCACCUGGCUACUGAGUCUAGAUCUAAAGGGUUGGAUCCCAAAGACGAUCGUAAACAAAGUGCUCUCUCAGACACAGGUGGACUUUGCCAACCACCUCAGGCAGAGGAUGGCUAAUAAUGUUUCUAUGGAGAUGGCUCCUGCCUGCUGACACAAGAAGCCUCUUGAGCUUUGGCACCGUGAGCUCAACAGAGGCAGAGGAGAAACACCUGCUCAUUAAAAAAGAAAAUCACCAAAUCUGCUCAUAAGUGCUGAAAAAGAGAGUAUUUAUGGAGAUGAUAUGAAGAUGAUGCUUCUUCUGAAACAUUCUUAGCACAAAAGCUUGUUUCACUGUUUUCUUAACGCUAAAAACCUGCUGUGAGAUUUUGCAUCACUGACACCAACCGACAGAUAUUUGUCCCUCUGUAACUUUGAUUCCAGUGUUUUAUUUAUUGUUGUUGAACAAAUCAUCAGUGAAUCCACAAUUCCAUUGUAACUGAUAUUUAUAUUUGUUUGUGUGGACUUUGCUGUCGAGGACGAUAGAAGAGAUUAUGGAGAAUGAUUUAUCUGUAAUAUCAUGACGCAUGAGAACUUAAAUAAAAACAUGUAAAAGUC